AUGUCGCGUGUUAAGAGAAUUGCUAAAGAAUUAGAAGAGUGUAGACAAGAUACUCAACUGGGUGUUACUUUAAAAUUAAAUAAUGAAAAUGAUUUAACUCAUUUAACUGGUUAUUUUAAAGGUCCACCAGGUACUCCAUAUGAAAAUGGUUUAUUUCAAAUUUCAAUAGAUAUUCCAAAUGAUUAUCCUUUUAAACCUCCACAAAUGAAAUUUGCAACUAAAAUAUAUCAUCCAAAUAUUUCUUCUGUAACUGGUGCAAUUUGUUUGAAUAUUUUAAAAGAUAAAUGGACUCCUGUAUUAACUUUAAAAUCAACAUUAAUUAGUUUACAAUUAUUAUUACAAUCUCCAGAACCAAAUGAUCCACAAGAUGCAGAAGUUGCAAAACAUUUUUUAUCAAACAAGCAAGGAUUUGAAGAAACUGCUGCUUAUUGGACAAAAAUAUAUGCUACAACAAAAGAUAAUGAAAGUGUUAAUGUUGAAUUAAAAGAUUCUCAAUUAUAUGGUAUUGAUGAUGAAAUUGUAAAUCAAUUUGAAAACAUGGGAUUUCCAAGAGAUAAAACAAUUGAAGUUUUAAGAAGAAUGGGUAUUAAAAGUUUUAAAGGUGUUAAUAAUAAAAGUGAUGUUGAAAAUAAGAUUUUGGAAGAAUUAUUAAAAGAAUGUCAAUAA